AUGCACCUCUCCCAGCAUCUCCAUUUGUCUAGUUUGUAUAUGUGAGGUUCCAGGGAUCACGCAGAGCUUCAGCGGUGGGUGGCGGUGGAUUCCACAAAGAUUACAACAUUUUACAAGCUACUUAAAUAAAAUGUAUAUCUCAUGAAGUAAAAUAACCACAUUUACAUUUGUCCCUCUCACUUCAUGGGUAAUUCUGACCGGCUUUUUUUUUAAUUCGAUCAUAUACACAUGGUGAAAGGUCACUUUGAUUGUUAUCCGAUCAGCUGAUGGGUGGAGUAAAAGUCUGGUCAGCUCGUUCCAAGUGGCUGUAAAUACCCAGGGGAUCGGUCAGACUGCCCAAAUAAUGAAUGAACUUGUGGAGCAGCGGGUUAGUCCUGUGGGAGGAAGCCUGGAGUUAUCUCACUGAUUUUGAGCGGAGGAAACGAAGGAUCCUGAAACCUUUAGUGUUUCUCCAGUUCUUUCCACUUGGAACGACAGUGACAGGUUGUUUGUAUUCAUUUGUGCGCCUUUUUUUCUGCGUUUUGAGAUAUUUUAAGUACGGUGCUGAGGUGCCGGAGGAAUUCUUUAUCCUCCCAGUGCGCUUAUAGCCGAAGCAGACCAUGGGUGAUAACGCUGGCACCACUCAGGACGGGAGCGCACGGGAAAAGGAGGCGCAUGACGGUCCACCUUUGGGAGGCAGGGGACCAGCACCACCGGACGGGAGCGCACGGGACUCGAAGCUGCAUGAUGGUCUCCCCUUGAGCGGCAGAGGACCAGGACCAGGAGAGGACCACGUUGAGUGCAGCAACAUCCCAAACGGCGACAGCGGCCCCGCGGCCACCACGCGUCUGUACAAGAGGCGCUGGUUGGUCGUGUUCCUGUUCAGCGCGUACUCCCUGAGCAACGCGUACCAAUGGAUCCAGUACGGCAUCAUCAGCAACAUCCUCAUGAAGUUCUACAAUGUGGACGCCUUCGCGAUAGACUGGCUGUCCAUGGUCUUCAUGCUCACCUACAUCCCCUUCAUCUUCCCGGUCACCUGGCUCCUGGAUAAGAAAGGGCUGCGCGUCACGGCGCUGCUGGCCAACGCGCUCAACUGCGCCGGGACAUGGAUCAAGGUGGCCAGUGCCAGGCCCGACCUGUUCGGCGUGACCAUGCUCGGGCAGUUUACCAGUUCCCUGGCCCAGGUCUUCAUCCUCGGGAUGCCCUCCCGCCUGGCGUCGGUGUGGUUCGGCGCGGACGAGGUUUCCACCGCCUGCUCCAUUGGAGUUUUUGGGAAUCAGAUGGGUAUCGCCAUCGGGUUCCUGAUCCCGCCCAUCCUCGUGCCUAAUGUGGACGACAUGGAUGAGCUGGCGCACUACAUCAGAAUCAUGUUCUACAUCAGCGCCGGAGUGGCCACCUUCAUCUUCGUCCUGGUGGUGAUCGUGUUUCAGGAGAAACCAGAGAUCCCUCCCACUCAGGCCCAGGCUCAGGCCCGGAACGUGCACCCGGACGAGUACUCGUACAAGGCUUCCAUCAUGAGGCUGCUGUGCAACAAGCCCUUCAUGCUGCUGGUGCUCAGCUACGGCCUGAACGUCGGCUGCUUCUAUGCUGUCUCCACCUUGUUGAACCGGAUGAUCAUCGAACACUAUCCUGGAGAAGAGGUGAAUGCUGGGAGGAUCGGUCUGACCAUUGUCAUUGCCGGCAUGGUGGGGUCCCUCAUUUGUGGCAUUUGGCUGGACAAGACUAAAACCUACAAACAGACCACCCUGCUUGUGUAUCUCCUCACGCUGAUCGGCAUGCUGGUCUACGCCUUCACCCUCAACCUGGGUCACCUGUGGGUGGUGUUUGUCACGGCCGGAGUUUUAGGGUUCUUCAUGACGGGAUAUCUGCCUCUGGGCUUCGAGUUUGCAGUAGAGCUCACCUACCCUGAAUCAGAGGGAACCUCGUCAGGGCUUCUCAACUGUUCCGCUCAGAUCUUUGGAAUCAUUUUCACCAUCUCCCAAGGGAAGAUUAUCGAUAAAUGGGGCACUUUUGCAGGAAACAUCUUCCUGUGCAUCUUCCUACUAAUAGGAUCAGUAUUGACAGGAUUCAUCAAGGCUGACCUCCGACGGCAGAAGGCCAACCUGCAGGCCGAGGUGCAGACAGUGAGCCUUACAGGGUCCGAGUGUUCGGCGCAGGACUACGGGGCCACAGCGUGCGGAGGCCCCUGGCAACUACAGUCUUGACAUAAACCCACAACCUCACAAAAACUAAAACACACACCUGCAAAGAAAAUGACAGCUGAUCUGGAAGGAAACGUUUCUCCCCCUGAAAUCCUGAAACAGAGGAGGUUAUGAAGAGGAUGUCCUCUCUGUACAAAUACAAACACAAUCAAAUAUUGACUCAACUCAUACAUUAAAGUUCACUAGAAGGGUGUGUUAAGAGUAUGUACCCCUGCCAAGGCUGACAUCCUAACUUGCCAUGUUACAGAAAACAAUUUCCCUGUUAAUCCAGAUCCGAAAUUUAAUGGCUUCCUCCCUGGGUCAUGUGCCAGCCCUCUACAAAAUUCCAGGGAACUCGAUCCCGUAGUUCUCGAUUCAUCCUGCUGACGAUCAAACAACACUGAAAACAUAACCCUCUUGCUGGAGAUGAAACGCUGCUGUGAGGAGUGAGCACCACGGUGGUGACGGACUGUGAGUAGGACGGAGCACACCUGCUGUACAACAUUCUGUACGCAUGUGAGGACGCUGCACUCUCUUACACUUAUUAUCCCAAACACUACUUCGCUCAAAUUGAAUCAAGCACAAGUCAAUCCUGCACCCAGGAAACACACUUGGAACCUCAGAGGUUUUUUUGACAUCCCUCCAUGAAAACACGUUUCAUUUUAUUCAGCGUACUGCCGACAUGCUGUCACACUGAUUCAAACAUUACCACACUCAUCUUAUUUAUACUUUUGAAUGUGUCCUAUCCUUUUACUGUCCUCUGAUUAAUGUUCAUGUUUUAUGCACACAAUGAGCAAUAUUUAAACAGUGUGUGUUUCUUUAUAUUGGACCAUUGCUGUGUGUGACCGAACUCUGCCUUUACAUUGCUAAAGGUUUUCAAGAAGUGUUUUUUUAGAAAAAUGAAUCUUUAAUGCAGACUGAGCACUGUGAUGUGAUAUCCUGCUGUGGCAGUGAGGUUAGCCAUUGCGUCCUCUCUGCCUGUCAUUCAGGAUCACAUGGAAGUAUGUACCUCUGAAUCCUGCUGAUUAUAGAUGUGGUUGAUGCCGUGCAUCAGAGUUCACUUUUAAAGGUCAGUGUUGUUUUGCUGUACACGAUCUCUACAAGAAGACGUUUGCUGAUGAACAUCUGACACGUUAAAGCAACACUAUGUAACUUUUGCUGAGAGACAGCGCCCUCUGCAGCCACAGAGGGGGAUUACCUCUGUUUGGGUCCAAUGUACGAGUGAUUGUUUUUCAUGUUGAGAAAAUCCUGAUAUUUUAAGUUUCCUCGCUAAAUAUCAAAGAUAAACAGUUAUUUUUUUUAAAUGACUUCUAGUUCUUUUUAACUGAUCUACAUUUUAUCAUUACUCAUGAACGUGCUAGGCCACACAAUUAAAGCUGUGAUCAUUGUAUCAACUAUGAAGAGCGUACCGGCUCACUGAAGUGACAUAGAGUUACACUAUUCUCCCUUUUUCAAGUCAGUGAACCAUCAAACUAAUUUUGAAGUUGCUAUUUUGGGAAAAGUUCAUUAGUGUUGCUUUAAGAGUGUCCGCACAGCACACGACGGAUGAAAGGAAAAGGCAAAUUAAUCAGUUGCCCUUUUGUCAUUUUGCACAAGAAAAUGUUUCUAUGUUUGAUAGUAUUUGCUUGAAAAUUUGUCACGGAGUCAUGUCGUUCAGUGUUUGUACAGGUUGUCAGUAAUGCGCGUUGUGGCCAGUUGUGUGUUAUUUCAGUGGCAUUUUUUGGGGACAUUUCACUGUGCUGUGAAAAAGUUUCUACACCCGGGGAGUUUUUUUUUGACCAUUUUAAAUGUUUUAAUUGAUUUUUAAAAUUGGUAUUCUUUUACUUUCACCAAGCACAAACACAAGUGAGAGGAAUCGAUGGGAGUUUUGUUCCCAACCUCACUGGAUAAACCAAAGUGUGUGAGUGUUUCCUGCACUUUAAUCCAUCUCAUGAAGCCAAAGUCAGCGCUGAAAACAAUCAUGAAAACACCUCGCUGAGGAACCCAAAUAUAACAUUUAAGCAGCACAUGAUAUCACACAUUUAUCAAAACCAUGUAAGAACACAAUCACACCCCUGACAACAAGACAACUGUCUGCACAUUUAACACAACAGUUUUUUUCUUUUUAAAGUUCAGAAAUACAUCUCAUUAGCUUAUUACUCUAAUAGAACAUUUAAAAAUCUAAUUAUUUUGUUAUUUAAUAAAAAAAAGACUAGAAGUUCAAAGGGUGUACAAACUUCCACAGAAACAAAACAAUUGCUAAUUUAAGUUUUUGUGAUAUUUUGUGAUGAAGAGCAUCUGCUCUGAAUAAUUUCUCUGAUCGCUUAACUCGGCAACACCUCACUCAUAACAGCAUGAUUUUAACAUGACAUGUGAUUGCACUGUCAACUGUAAAAUAUCCAGUUAAAAAUCAUGAAUUGCAUCGAGGCAGAGUGUUUGUGUACAGUCUUUAGAAAGUGUCACAGUUUGAAAUGAAAGCACAUCCACGUCUCAUGUUCUUCAAGGCCAGAAGCAGCACAAGCAGGACAAGUCCACUCCACAGCUGUUUGGUGCUGGGACUCAGUUACGUUUCUUCCGUCGUGCUCCCACUUCUUCUUGAGUGUCUGGAAUACACUGGAAUCCAAUCAGCAUUCCGACAACAGAGAAACCUAAAGACAAAAAAACCCACAUUGAGAUGCAAUCAGGAUUCUGUUGUUUGGCAUUAAUGUUUUCUCGGUAAAACACAAGCGGGUGUUGUCGAAAUUUCAAUAUUGGUUAUUUAAAGGAUCACUGUGUAACUUUUACUGAGCCAAAGCGCCCUCUGCAGCCUAAUGUGUUUGUAAGAGGCAUAAUGUAAUGUAUUAUUUUAAACACUAGGGGACAUGUAGGUUCUUUUGUGUCUAGUUAUUUCAAUAGAGGGUCAUUUUAGAGCUGGUUUUGAGCAAUAGGUGGUGGGGAGCAAUUCAAUGUAAGUUCAUUAUUCAUGAUUUUUGCAAUAAAUGGGAACAUCACCUAAAAGCCCAAACUUG